AUGUAAAAUGCAUUGUAAUGCUUUAAACUCAAUAUUCAGAGAAAGUAAAUUGAAGAACUAUUGGCUUAGCCAAAAGACACUAACAGCUCAAUGAUAUUCUAACAGACUAGACCUUUAAAUAUGAUGAAAGAUUCUCUUUUGUUUACUGGUUAACUCAAUUAAUCUGAUCCUUUAGAUUAAAGUUAGGAUCCUAAUCUAAGUAAACUUAUCAAAGAUAAGAAAAGUGAUUCAAACCAAAAUUAAAUCAACAACUUCAUGAAUAUAUAGUAGCAAUUAGACAACUCAAGUAACUCUUAAAGCCAAUAAAAUGGCUAAAAUUUUAAGAGCCUUGAAGAUUUAGUUAACUUAUUGUCCAAUAUGCCUGAGUUUAAUUCUAAUAGAAAUUUGAGCAGUAUAUAAACUAAAUUAACAAUGGAAAUCAAUAAAUUAUAAACAAACUAUGAGGAACUUGAAAGAUUAAGACUAUAUCUAAAUAAUAAGAUAGAAAUAGUGGAAUAAAUGGAACUAGAAAAUCUCGAGACUCAUAUGGCUGUGGAGUACAGACUGAAAAACAGUGAAGAGCAUAAAAAGUUAAUUACAAAAUUUAAUAAUGCCGACUGCUAGACUGAAACCACAUUCUAAGAGUUAUUACAAUCUGAAAAAUAGAUUGAAUUUUAAAAGAACGAAAUUUAGCUUUUGAAAUUCAAAGAUUAAAGUGAAUUUGAGUAAAAAAAUAGAUAGCUUACUAGAAGAGAACGGGAUCUAGAUAUUAGAGAACGUCUAACAGAGGAAAAAAGAGUUGAAUAUACUUUCAAGUAACGAGAACUAAAUUAGAGGUUAAAGAAUGCCAUAUCAUGGCCACUUAACUGCCUUGAAAAUGAUCAAAUAUUAGGAGAAAAAAUUACAGAUGUAAAGCUAACUCCUGAUCUAUUUAAGGGUAUGAAUCUUGAUGUUGAUAAAAAUUUCAUUGAAUUUAAAAAUAGAGAGGUAAACUAGAAACUUCUCAAAAAUCAUUAAGGAGGAGAACUUUACCUAAAGUUAGAACAACUACUCAAAUAUGAAUUUGUCAUUCUUUAAGAAAGAGUUAAAAAUGGAAUAGUUAAGCAAUACAUGGAAGGUGAGCUAACUCGAAUUGAAAAUGAAAGAUUAGAACUUGGUUCAGAAAGAGAAAAGUAUUCAAUGCUUAUAGAAUAAUAAAGGUAGGUUGAGGAGGAAAAAAAUUACUUAGAAUAAUAAAGGAUUGAAGUAUAAGCACUUCUUGAUAAUCUAAAGAGGUACAUAAACCUUAUUCAAUUCGACUAAAACUAUAUAAAUAACUAAUAAAUAUUCAAUCAGAUGAUGAACAUGAAUGCUGAUAACUUAGGCCAGAGCAAUUAUCCAUUCAGCCAACAUUUUGCUUAAAACUCCUUACAUGGUUCUUAAACAUACAUUAGUAGUCAAAAUAAUAAUAGAGGGUCGGUGUUUGAUAUUGCUAUUCAAAAUAAAUCAUCAAAUAUUCUCAGCCAGGGAAUGAUUUUUGGAUUAUCAAAUCAUUAAAGCUAACUAUCUAAUUAGCCUAGAAUUAUUUUUUCAGAGAGAAUUCAGCAUAUACUUAAUAAUUUUGAGAAACUUGAAUCAAAUAGAAUAUAGAGACAAGAUAAUGUCUUGAAUUAGGAAGAUAAACUCCAAAAUCUUAGAAAAGUAAUCCUAAGGGAAGCUUAUUUCAUAGAUUAAGAAAGGAAGUAUCUCAAUGAGAAAAGUUAACAGAUCACUAAAUCACCUCGAGAUAGAAGCCUGUCUCCUAAUAAUAUUACAAGAGGAGGACAUAGUCAGCAGAGAUCAGUCACUGCAUUUCCUAGUGGAAUGAAAUUUUAAGGAAUGAAUGAAAGUCUAAUGAUGGAUGGCUCCAAGAUUGCUUUUAAUCCUUUGAAUAAUUUUGCUGAUGAGUAUAAAAGUUUGGAUGUUUUUACAGAUGUAGAUGAAGAGAGGAAAAAAAUUAAAGUCUUACAGUAAAGCUUAAUGAUGGAAAACGAAAUGAAUCAAACUUUGAAUAAUUAAUUAAACAAAGAAAUUGAAAGAAUUAAGAAACAUAAUCCUGAUAGUCAGAUUAGCCUUGAACUUGAAGUAUCAGAUGAAGAAAUGAACUCAGUUUUAAAUAAAUUUAGAGAAAAAAAGUAGAAAAAAGAUCUGACUUAAUAGCAAAAAUUUGAGAUUCUACUGAACUCUGUCGAAUCAAUGUCUUAGCAUUUAUUUCUGAAGUCUUCUGAAAAUACAAAAUUUGUUUUCAAUCAAAGCAUAGAAUCCUUAGAUUAGUCUCAUUAAGCUACCUAUUUCUUAAUGGUUUGGAAAAUGCAUACUCUAUAAAAACGAUUGGAAAAUGAUAAAGCAAGAAAAUUGCUAUAAAGUUUAGAUACUAAUACUCUGACAAAAUUAGGAUUAAUGCCUUAAUUUAAAAGAGAAUUCGGAUAAUAAAAACCAAUAAUGGAUUGGUUUGAUGCCUUUUGGUACUAAAAGUCUAGAUAACUGAAUAUCGAGAGUUUCAAGAAAAUGAAUGGAGAGUAGCUGUUUUUGAUCAGUUAGAAUCUUGAAAAUGAACUUGAAAAGUUUUGGAAAUUUAGAUGCUUAAAUGUAAUUAAGAUGGUAAAUUUACAUAUGAGGAGAAGAGCUAGACUGCUGCUUGCAUUUGCCUUUUAAGAAUAUAAGUAUCAGACUAUGAAAAGUAAAGUACAAUUUAUACUUCAAUUGAAAGAGAAUGUUAUUAAUAUUAGUAGACAUCAAAAUAAUACAUUCUAAUCCAUUAAUGUCGGUGCCAAUGAUAGCAUCAAAAAUAUUGGAGGUGAUAAUGAUACUGAUGGCGAAGAUAAUGGUUUCAACUAGAUAAUUGCUCUCGGUACACCUAGGUUAGCAGAUUCAUUAGGAAAUCGUCAAGAAACUAUAGAUAAUAGCAGAGUCUUUGGCGAUACUACUGAAAACAUUCAAAGAAAUACUAGAGUUGAGGGAGGAAUAGAAACUAAUAAUAGCUAAACUUACACAGGAAUCUCUGAUAUUAUUAUGAAUUAAAACAUGUAAAAUAUGAAAAGGAAUGCAAUUCUGACCUAUCUUUUAUUAAGAAAAGGCUCAAAUUAAGAAUAAAGACUAAAAAAUUAUGGAUUAAACAAAUGGAAAAAUUUCAUGAGAGAGGUAGAGAUGUGGUAUAUAAAAAAUGAAAUUAAACGAUUGGUUUCAGAGGUAGAAAAUCUCAAGUUUUAGGAAUAGUUAUUAAGGACGAAUUUCAGAUUACAAAAGAAUGAAUUAGAAUCUAAGGUAAAUGAGCUAAUCACAUUUUGUUUAGGAAAUAAUUAGAAUAAUAACCAGGCUCCUAUUUCUUAUUGA